AUGAAUCAAAUACCAAGCACCAUCACAUACCCUAGCCCUAUUCACCACAGUACCAUCACAUACCCUAGCCCUAUUCACCACAGUACCAUCACAUACCCUGGCCCUAUUCACCACAGUACCAUCUCUAGCCCUAUUCACCACAGUACCAUCACAUACCCUGGCCCUAUUCACCACAGUCCCAUCACAUACCCUAGCCCUAUUCACCACAGUACCAUCACAUACCCUAGCCCUAUUCAUCACAGUAUCAUCACAUACCCUGGCCCUAUUCAUCACAGUAUCAUCACAUACCCUGGCCCUAUUCACCACAGUACCAUCACAUACCCUGGCCCUAUUCACCACAGUACCAUCUCUAGCCCUAUUCACCACAGUCCCAUCACAUACCCUGGCCCUAUUCACCACAGUACCAUCACAUACCCUAGCCCUAUUCACCACAGUACCAUCACAUACCCUGGCCCUAUUCACCACAGUACCAUCAUACCUAGCCCUAUUCACCACAGUACCCAUCACAUACCCUGGCCCUAUUCACCACAGUACCAUCUCUGCCCUAUCACACAGUCCAUCACAUACCCUGGCCCUAUUCACCACAGUACCAUCACAUACCCUUGCCCUAUUCACCACAGUACCAUCACAUACCCUGGCCCUAUUCACCACAGCACCAUCACAUACCCUAGCCCUAUUCACCACAGUACCAUCACAUACCCUGGCCCUAUUCACCACAGUACCAUCUCUAGCCCUAUUCACCACAGUACCAUCUCUAGCCCUAUUCACCACAGUACCAUCCCUGGCCCUAUUCACCACAGUACCAUCACAUACCCUGGCCCUAUUCACCACAGUACCAUCUCUAGCCCUAUUCACCACAGUCCCAUCACAUACCCUGGCCCUAUUCACCACAGUACCAUCACAUACCCUAGCCCUAUUCACCACAGUACCAUCACAUACCCUGGCCCUAUUCACCACAGUACCAUCUCUAGCCCUAUUCACAACAGUACCAUCACAUACCCUGGCCCUAUUCACCACAGUACCAUCUCUAGCCCUAUUCACCACAGUACCAUCACAUACCCUGGCCCUAUUCACCACAGUACCAUCUCUAGCCCUAUUCACCACAGUAUCAUCUCUAGCCCUAUUCACCACAGUAUCAUCUCUAGCCCUAAUCACCACAGUAUCAUCUCUAGCCCUAUUCACCACAGUACCAUCACAUACCCUGGCCCUAUUCACCACAGUACCAUCUCUAGCCCUAUUCACCACAGUAGCAUCCCUGGCCCUAUUCACCACAGUACCAUCUCUAGCCCUAUUCACCACAGUACCAUCUCUAGCCCUAUUCACCACAGUACCAUCACAUACCCUAGCCCUAUUCACCACAGUAUCAUCUCUAGCCCUAUUCACCACAGUAUCAUCCCUGGCCCUAUUCACCACAGUAUCAUCCCUGGCCCUAUUCACCACAGUACCAUCCCUAGCCCUAUUCACCACAGUAUCAUCUCUAGCCCUAUUCACCACAGUACCAUCACAUACCCUGGCCCUAUUCACCACAGUACCAUCACAUACCCUGGCCCUAUUCACCACAGUACCAUCUCUAGCCCUAUUCACCACAGUAGCAUCCCUGGCCCUAUUCACCACAGUACCAUCUCUAGCCCUAUUCACCACAGUACCAUCUCUAGCCCUAUUCGCCACAGUACCAUCACAUACCCUGGCCCUAUUCACCACAGUACCAUCUCUAGCCCUAUUCACCACAGUAGCAUCCCUGGCCCUAUUCACCACAGUACCAUCUCUAGCCCUAUUCACCACAGUACCAUCUCUAGCCCUAUUCGCCACAGUACCAUCACAUACCCUAGCCCUAUUCACCACAGUAUCAUCUCUAGCCCUAUUCACCACAGGUAAUCCCUGGCCUAUUCACACAGUAUCAUCCCUGGCCCUAUUCACCCACAGUAUCAUCCCUGGCCCUAUUCACCACAGUACCAUCCUAAGCCCUAUUCACCACAGUAUCCAUCUCUAGCCCUAUUCACCCAGUACCAUCACAUACCCUAGCCCUAUUCACCACCGUAGCAUCCCUGGCCCUAUUCACCACAGUAUCAUCUCUAGCCCUAUUCACCACAGUACCAUCUCUAGCCCUAUUCACCACAGUACCAUCUCUAGCCCUAUUCACCACAGUAUCAUCUCUAGCCCUAUUCACCACAGUACCAUCUCUAGCCCUAUUCACCACAGUACCAUCUCUAGCCCUAUUCACCACAGUACCAUCUCUAGCCCUAUUCACCACAGUAUCAUCUCUAGCCCUAUUCACCACAGUACCAUCUCUAGCCCUAUUCACCACAGUACCAUCUCUAGCCCUAUUCACCACAGUAUCAUCUCUAGCCCUAUUCACCACAGUAUCAUCUCUAGCCCUAUUCACCACAGUAUCAUCCCUGCCCUAUUCACCACAGUACAUCUCUAGCCCUAUUCACCACAGUAUCAUCCUAGCCCUAUUCACCACA